CCACCAUCAGCCGUGCAGUUUAGUUCCAAACAUCAAAAUGAUCAAAAAGUCAACAUGAUCGACGUAAAGGAAAUAAUUACGAUUCUAUGCAAGUGUUUGCACGAUGCCGUCGAUAGUCCAUUAACACCCGAACAUUUCAGAAUUGCCAAAUACGACAAGACCGACGACGACGUUAUCGAUGCCUUUUGGACGACAUUAGACAAACUAUCGUACUUUGUUUUGAAAGAAUUAAAGGACGAGUUUAUCGAUUUCGAUCGUUUUGGCGUGGUGACAAGGACGAAAUUCCGAAUGUCUUACUUGCAGUACCCGGUUUUGCAAUUUUAUGGUCUUUCGGAAACUACAAACGAUUCUGGGAGUAGAACUCUAUUACUGGCUCUAGCCUGGCUGAUUGCAAGGUAUGACGUCCUUAAAAAUGUCGUAAGACUAAGGCUGAUGAAUUCUCCUCUGGGAAGAGAAUUUUCUAAAGUAGAGAAAGAAGAAUCCAACGAUGCAGACCUGUCUACGGUAGAGAAAGUGGUAAAUAACUUGUUGCACAAAGCUCACAAGUUGAGCUCUAAUUUGAAAGCUAUAUCGGAAUUGAGCAUGGAAAAAACAAGACUGACAACUAGAGUUCAUGCAGCUAGUCUCACCACAAGUGGCCUGCCACAUUUGAGUGUGUCUGAAAUGGCUUUGGUAAAAAAGUUGGUCACAAAUAAAACCAAUGAUGCAAAAGAAUCCAAGCAACUUAAGGAAAUGGAAAAAGCAGCAUCAAUGUUGGAUGCUUAUAUGAAGUGGAUCAAGAAAAAUCACGUUUUUUAUACAUGGAUGGAUACUGUGAUAGAUGAGCUGACAAAAAAAGAGACAGUUGAAACUGAUGAAACUAUAACUGAGUUAUCAAAAUUUAUCUAUCUUUUGAAGCACAGAAUAAGAAAGAAAAUCAAGUCUUUCAAAAACAACAAUGUAUCUUCUUUGAUAUUACCAACAAGUUGUCCUUCUAAAUUUUUGAGGGCUCAAAAAGACUCAAAAGAAGUUCAAGUAUCUAGAGCUUCAAAUAUAAUAGAAUUUAGUGGCAACGAAAAAUUGGAUGACAUAAGAUCUGCUCUAAAAACUGAGUUGGAAACUCUUAAAAGUCUUUUACCUAACUUUCAUCAGAUCUAA